AUGGGUAUCAGCCAAUUCUCCAUAGUGGGUAUCAGCCACACGUACAUAAGAAGAGAAAAAGGAAGAGAACCGUUUGGUCCUCUGGUUGUCCGCUGUGUUGCUCGGCACAAGUCCACGUACUUCAGCACUGGACUGCCCUUCUUCGGAACGUCUGUCAACUCGGCAAAGGUGCCCCCCGAGUCGGGACGAGUCCGCAUGGAUGCCCAUAUCCGUCAGCCUUCACUAAACAAUAGCGCAAAUACAGCUGCUUCCAGAAACGCUCGAGGAAACAUCGGUGGCUUAGAGCAAGAACCGGUGGUGCCACCCUUUGUUGCGUUCAGCGCCGCUUGCCUGGCCUCGGGUGUCCUCUUUGUGGUCGUCUUCGUGCUUCAAGGAAAGGCCACACUCGAGACGACAACAUUAAAUAUCACCGAUUGGCCGACGCAACUUCAAUCUUCCCACGCCGACGACGAAAACACUGGGGAGACAACGCCCUUGGAAAUAAAGGUACCGUUCGAAGAUAUCGAAUGUGACAACGAUGACUGCACCGCUCUGUCUACAUGGCUGAGCCAAUGGAUUCGAAGAGACGCCGACCCGUGCGACGAUUUCUACGAAUACGUGUGCGGCAACAUGCUGGGACCUCCGUUGCUCAGUCAUGUGGCAAACGCGAUACUCUCGGAACUGGAAGUUCAGAUGAAAUUCCGCAGACGGAACCGGACACAUGGGUCAGUGAUUGAGGCAGCCGGCCUUGUGAGAGAGAUGUGCAUACGAUUCAAUCAUGGCGCCAACCGCGACGACGCUUCUGCAGUAAAGGACUCCAUUAAGUUCUUGGGCAUCGAUUUCAGUGUGCGCUAUGCAGACAUCUACGACUCCCUUCCCUAUCUCAUGGUCUUCCUCUCCACGACUUACGACAUUCACUCCUUCGUCGCCCUCAAGGAGCGUAGACCGUACCACGUGCCUGCUGACAAGCCUAAUGACUCUGUGGUGGAGAUAGCACUUGAUAAAAAGACCACUGUAUACUUGUUGGACUGGAACCCUCACGAGGAUCCUGAGUAUGGCGCCACUUAUUUUUCUGACAUACUCAAGAAGUACACGCAUCUUGAAAAACAUAAGGUAGCCACUGUGGCCAGCGAGCUCCAGACAGCGAUGGGCGAAGCUCAUCGAUUCAUCUUGCCACUGAACUCUCGCUCCGCCGAACCAGGCAGGAGACGUUUGAUGACGCUAUCAGAAAUUUUCCAACGAAAGAAUGGAUGCAUGUCAAAAGAUAAGUGGGAAUUUGCUCUUUGGGACCGCCUCGAUUUGAAAGGAGAGAAGCAAGACUAUCUCUACCUGGUUGACCUCCACGCCUUGGAUGUCAUUUGUUAUCUCCAAAGUGAUACCUCGAACCCAGGAAGAGCGAUGAAACUAUUCGCCUGGUUUGCCCUCUUAUAUCUGGUCUUCCCGUCUCGCUAUGCCGAUAUAUGGCGAAUAGGGAAAUUCACACCAAUAUCCACGCCUUCCAUCCCAGAGGAGAUCUGCGCACGUGCUGCUCUCAGUGGACGCUUGGGCGUAGCAGCGAGAAUGAUGCUGUACCAAUCGAGAGUGUCAUCAGAAUCCUUGGCUGCAGCGGAUCAGAUACGACAGAGUGUUUUCUCCACGCUCGCGUCUCACCUCGCCAGUGGUUCCUCGAUUGUCAAGAGUGAUGAGGAAGCUGUUAGCGCUAUCACCGUGACCAUGGGCUUUCCGGAUGAAACGGUCAAGUACAUUAACGAACAUUUGCGCCAAUUCAAGUUCAACUUCGAUGCCAAUGGAUACCUGGCGUCUUUGUCAGCCGUGUGGACUGUGAAGUGGUGGCCAUUACUGUGGCUCGAUUAUGAUGCGGCAGCCCGGAUGACCGAAUCGGGAGCGACAAACGCCCUGUACGACGGCCCUCGACGUCACAUCUACCUCCCUCCCGGCCUGCUCUCUUCGCCAUUGCUUUACGCCAAAGGAUCGCCAGCCUACAAUUACGGAAUCUUUGGAAAUAUACUAGCUACGGAGCUACUGGGUCUCCUGUAUAUCUACAACAACGGGACUAUGAAGAGCGCCACGGAUCCAUACAGCAAGAUGUGGAACCAACAAGCCAGGCAUCACUUCGAGUCAAUAACUCGCUGCCUUCUUCAUCAGGAAAAAGAGCAUGCACCUUUCAGUCGGCAUUUGUGGACACGAGAGGCCCCGAAGGUCUCCCUGAUAAACCACAUCGCCACGUGGCUGUCGUACAAGGCCUAUCAAAGCAGCGCUGCAUCGGCGAAGCACAGGUGGACACCCGCGUAUCUGCAAUUGACUUCGGAGCAACUUUUCUUUGUGUCUCACUGUGUGCCUUGGUGUUCGGACAAAAAGGAAGACCUCGCGGCGCGCCAGCGGUGCGUACAGCCUCUGCUGAACAUGCCAGAGUUUGCCGAGGCCUUCAGAUGCGGUUCCAACGACAGGAUGUUCAGCAGCUCUAAGUGUCCGUUUCUCUAGCGGCUCUCUUGACAAGCUGCGCCAAUGGCGAUCACUGGCGCAUCGCACUUCCAAUUUAUACUAGAGGCACCAUCGCCAUCGGCCUUAUAGAGGCACUGCGGCAGAGACUUCGGGUCGUUUCGAAGAGGUAAAUAUAUUUCAGAGCUGGUAUGAUCUAGAAUUUUUGCACUACGUUAUCAUAUUACCUUACAAAAUUAUGUUGCCUUUGCGCCAGCUGGAAAACAGCUAUGCUAAUGCUACGCAGUUGUUCUAGCGUGUCUUGGAACAUUUGUUUACUCUUACAAACAGUCAUUCCUGUUCAUUUCACCAACACGGUAGUAGUAAAUACAUCAUAUUUAUUUCCCCAA